AUGCCGAAGAAAAAAGGAGGCUCCGGGAGCCUGGGCUCGUCCCUAAUCCGCCAUAGAUUCAACCGCGGCUCGGAGUUUCAGAACGCCGACGAGGGCCGCCGCCACGUCAUCGCCGCGGCGGAAGCGGCGGCGAAACCGGCGCUGGUGUCGGUGGUGGAUCAGAGCGAUCUAGAGGAGCUGCUGACCACUGCUGAGCUGGCAGGGCGGGAGUUUGCCGCCCAAAGAGGCAACGCCGAGAUCAUCUAUCUUGAUGGGCAGGAUGUGGGAGCACAGAAGAGAGGCGGCAGCAGCAGCGAGCGCAGGGAGCAGGAGGAACUUCACAGGAAGCUUCUUACCAUCCCGAGGAGGCCCAAGUGGAGCGCGAGAAUGACGUCAGCAGAAUUGGACGCUAGUGAGAAGGCGGCUUUCCUGGAAUGGAGGCGAUCGCUCUCCGCGGUGGAAGAGAACAACCAUCUGGUGGUAACCCCAUUCGAGAAGAACCUUGAUAUCUGGCGCCAGCUGUGGCGAGUGCUGGAGAGAAGCCACCUGGUGGUAACCGUGGUCGACAGUCGAGAUCCUCUUUUCUACCGCUGCACUGACUUGGAAGCCUACGUGCAUGAACUGGGAGCGGGACCAAAACACAGUAACGAGAGCACCAGCAGCAGCGGCAACUCGAAAGACGAAAGAAAUAAGGACUUGGCAGAUGGGUGCAGCAGCAGCAGCGGGGCGAGAGAGGAGGGUUCGCUGAGCCGCACGCUGCUGCUGCUGAACAAGGCGGAUCUGCUGCCUGCUGGUGUAAGGAGGCUGUGGGCAGAAUGGCUCAAAGGGCAGCGCGAUGGGGUAAGCAGGGGAAGAAACGCCUCAAGCAGUGGCAGCGCUGCUGCUGGUGGUGCUGCUGGGGUAGGGCUGGGAGGCGGAGGGGGGAGGAGGCAGCAGCAACCGGCAAAGGCAGAGCAUAAGAGGCAGAAGAAGCAGGCGAGGAGCAAGAAGAGGGAUUGGAGGGUGGGCCGUGGGGGCGGGGAUGGGGAGGAGGGAGCAGUGAUGGCAGUGGUGAGAGGGGUGGUUAAGCCGUUGAGCCAUGGGGCAGUCAAGCCUGGGAUGGUGCUUCCGGGAGUCAAGCACUUGGUGCAGUGA